UGACCAUACACUCCAUCCCUACCAUUUCUUCCCUGCGGCUUGUGAGGACGAUCUCUCUGUUACCACUACCGACACACCCUACUACUAUACCAUUUAGUCAUGUCGCUACCCUCGAAACAGCUCGCCCUGCGACUCUAUGCCCCAACUUCAAAGGGCGCCCGGAGCGAAGCCAAAGUGGAGCGCAUCCUGGUCCCCCCUCGUCCUUCUUCCUCCUCCACCGACGAGAUCGUUCUCGCAGAGAUCCAGGCCGCUGGCUUCAAUAGGCGGGAGGAAUGGUCCAUGAUGGGCGCUUAUCCGGGGCUGACGUACCCUUCCACAAUGGGAUGUGAUGCCGUCGCGACCAUUCACGGAGAUAAGACGGGCAGUAGGUACAUCAUCAACCCCACUGUGGGGUGGGCCUCGUCCGCCGAAGCGCCAGAAGCAUCUGUUGCGCCCGCUUCUGCAGAGGCAAAUGAGUAUGGCGGCAAGGGUUUCGGCAUACUGGGAGGCACCAAAGCUACCAAUGGAGAGGGUACCUUCCAGGAAUACCUCUGGGUGAGAAAGGCAAUGCUGGUGCCCUGCCCAGAGCAUCUCACUGCCACACAGGCGGCCGCGCUACCUUGUGGAGGAGUGACAGCAUACCGAGCCCUGUUCACAAAAGGCCAAGUCUCCUCGGGCAAAAAUGUCCUCAUCACUGGCAUCGGCGGAGGCGUAGCUCUCCUUGCCCUGCGCAUGGCAGUCGCAGUCGGCGCCAACGUCUACGUCACUGGUGGAUCUCAGGAGAAGAUCGACUAUGCAGUCAAGGCUGGAGCGAAAGGUGGAGCCAAUUACAAGGAGAAGGACUGGGAGAAGACGAUCAAGGGUCUGCUGCCCAAAGAGAGGAGUUACCUCGAUACAGUCAUCGACAGUGCUGGCGGUGGGAUCGUAGGAAGUAGCAUCAAGAGUGGGCUGAAGGACGGUGGGAAGAUUGUCAUCUUCGGCAUGACUGGCGGCCCAAAGGUAGAGGUCACGAUGAGGGAGGUGCUGAAGAAUGUUGAAGUUCUGGGCUCGACCAUGGGAUCACUGGAAGAGUUCAAGCAAUGUGUCGCCCUUGUAGCCAAGCACAAGAUCGUACCAGAUGUCGACACCACCCUUGACAGCCUGGAGAAGGCGCUGGACGGAUUCCCCCUGCUGGCUGAUGCCUCCAAGCGCUCGGGUGGCAAGGUGGUGAUGAAGAUCAGACCGGGAGCUGAUCAAUUGCCUACGACAGGGAGCUCAAAGCUUUAGGCUCAUGACCAGUGCCUGUUAGUAACGACCACCUGAACAUGUCUUGCAGCAAGCUCUGCAACUGUAUCGCUACGCAGUCUGAAAAAGGCGUAUCAAGGAGACAAGCUUGUGCAAUGCUGAACAUGUAUUGUCUGUAUGACUAUUCGCAACAAAUACAAAAAGGCCAGCGACCCAGCUCCUGUUCUUCUUCGCUUUGGGCCCCUCCAAUCAGCUUAGUGCUACAAUUCGUCUGUGGCAUCUUGAUCCUUCAGACGGUCGAGAAGACGUAUGUGGUGUGCCAGUCGUACGUCUCAUUCUCAUUGAGGACCUGAUGCUCCUUCCUGCC